AUGCCAGUCGUCAAAGGAGGUGUUUGGACCAACAUUGAAGAUGAAAUCCUCAAAGCAUCUGUCUCAAAAUAUGGACUGAACCAGUGGGCUCGAGUUUCGUCGCUACUAGCGCGGAAAACCCCGAAACAGUGCAAGGCGAGAUGGACAGAAUGGCUGGACCCGGGCAUUCGCAAGAUCGAAUGGUCCAAAGAAGAGGAUGAGAAGUUGUUACAUCUAGCAAAGUUGAUGCCCACGCAAUGGCGGACAAUUGCGCCUAUUGUUGGAAGAACCGCUACUCAGUGCCUCGAACGCUACCAGAAGCUCCUCGACGAAGCGGAGGCCCGCGAGAACGAUGAGUUGGGCCUUGGAGGCCCAGAAGGUGGAGAAACCGCAGCACCGACAGGCGAUCAGGUUCGAAGACUGCGUCCCGGCGAACUUGACCCCGACCCAGAAUCCAAGCCUGCGCGACCGGACACCAUCGACCUUGACGAAGAUGAGAAAGAAAUGCUCAGUGAGGCUCGCGCCCGGCUGGCGAACACACAAGGGAAGAAAGCGAAGCGCAAAGCACGCGAGCGACAACUCGAGGAAUCACGGAGGCUUGCCGUGCUGCAGAAGCGGCGAGAGCUAAAAAAUGCCGGCAUUAAUAUCAAGGUCACCACCCACAAGAAGGGUCAGAUGGAUUACAACGCAGACAUUCCAUUUGAAAAGCAGGCUGCGCCGGGCUUCCACGAUACGCAGGAGGAGCUGGCCAAGAAUGAGCGCGAACGGCAAAUGUUCGACCCCCGCAAACAGCAGCUAGCACGAAAGAGACAAGGGGAUUCUGAAGAUAUUGUCGAUACCAAACGGCAGAAACAAGACAAAGAUAAAUCUUCGUCUGCAAUGGCAGCAGCUGCAGCGAGAGCUGGCCAAAUGCAACGACUACGGGAAGCUGAGCAACAAAGCAAGCGAAGAGCCUUGAACCUGCCUGCGCCUCAAGUCAGCGAGAGCGAGCUGGAAGAAAUCAUCAAGAUAGGCAUGGCGGGUUAUCGGGCUGUGAAAGCAGCCGGGCAAGAGGACGAAGACCAACGAGGGCUGGUCUCCAACUAUUCAAAUAUGAUCGGAGCGACACCUAUUCGAACUCCUCGAGCGCCUGCGGAAGAAGACCAUAUCGCAAAUGAAAUUAGAAACAUCAGAGCACUGACGGAAACCCAAUCAUCGCUAUUGGGCGGGGAGAAUGCUCCGCUGCAUGAGGGCAUUAGCUCCACAGGAUUUGAGGGGAUUGCUCCUCGAAGGCAGCAAAUGGUCACUCCUAAUCCAAUGGCGACACCCUUGCGUCAAGCGCAAGCUGUGGGACAAUUCCCCGGGGCCACUCCAUUGCGCACUCCCCGUGAUAAUUUGACAAUCAAUGAAAGAGGCGAGCGACAGUUUGUUGCGCAAACUCCACGGGAUAUACGAUUAGCCGAGAAUGCUGCGAGGCAAUCAGUCAGAGCGAAGCUCGCCUCUCUACCCAAACCCAAAGAGACAGAGUGGGAACUGGAAGUGCUGCCAUCAGAACAGGAAGAGGCUACCGGCGGUGCCGCUCUAGAAAGGGAGGACCAAGAUGAAAUCGACGAGCGCGAGCGUCAAGCGCGGGAAGCGGCAGCAGCUGCAGAGUUCAGACGACAGACUCAAGUCUAUCAACGAGCCCUGCCUCGACCCACCACUGUCGACUACGAUGCACUCGCCUCGGAUGCUACAUCCAUAACUGAUCCAAUCCGAGCAAUGAUCGCCCGAGAAGCUGCCUUGCUCAUGGCAAAUGAUGCGCGCAAGUUUCCUCUUGCUGGUUCCAAGGUGAUUGGCAAACCUCCGCAGUUGGUAUCCCUGCCUGACGAACUUCUCGAGAAAGCUCGUCAGCAGUUGAAAGAUACACAAAACGAGACGGAUCGCCAAGCCUACGUUGCCGCCGUGGAAGCCCUUGCCAGUUCAGAGAAUGAAAGAAACGCGUUGCCACUCAAAUUCACCGCGAACACAACCGCAGGAGAAUACUUAUCUGCUUUCAAGUCCGCACAACAGGGCCUCCUCUCUGCCGCAGAAGCGGGCAAUAAACUCGAGAAAAAAUUAUCCUUGCACUUAGGAGGGUAUCAAGCGCGGCAAAAGACCCUCAAGCAGAAGAUUGCCACAGUCUAUGAACAAAUUGAGGAGCAGAGGGCGCAGUUGGAUGCCUUUAGGACCCUGCAGAUUGGUGAAGAGGGUGCGCUGGCAAGGAGGUUGGAGAGGCUUAGGGAUGAAGCGAACUUUGUGAUGAGAAGGGAGAGAGAAGCACAGGAGGAGUACCGUGAGUUGAAGGAGCGAAUUGAUGGUUCAAAUGGCGUUAAUAGCCAUUCAUGA